AUGUCCGCCUCGGCUGUCUUCAUCCUCGACGUCAAGGGCAAGCCCCUGAUCAGCCGAAACUACAAGGGCGAUGUGGCCAUGAGCGAGAUAGAGCACUUUAUGCCUCUGCUCAUGCAGCGGGAGGAAGAGGGCGCUCUGGCCCCGCUGCUGAGCCACGGCCGGGUCCACUUCCUGUGGAUCAAACACAGCAACCUCUACUUGGUGGCCACCACGCUGAAGAACGCCAAUGCCUCGCUUGUGUACUCCUUCCUCUACAAGACAGUGGAGGUAUUCUCCGAAUACUUCAAGGAGCUGGAGGAGGAGAGCAUCAGGGACAACUUUGUCAUUGUCUACGAGCUGCUGGAUGAGCUCAUGGACUUUGGCUUCCCCCAGACCACCGACAGCAAGAUUCUGCAGGAGUACAUCACACAGCAGGGCAACAAGCUGGAGACAGGCAAGUCACGGGUGCCGCCCACUGUCACCAAUGCCGUGUCCUGGCGCUCCGAGGGCAUCAAGUACAAGAAGAAUGAGGUCUUCAUUGACGUCAUAGAGUCUGUCAACCUGCUGGUCAAUGCCAACGGCAGUGUCCUGCUGAGUGAGAUCGUGGGCACCAUCAAGCUGAAGGUGUUUCUGUCGGGAAUGCCAGAGCUGCGACUCGGCCUCAACGAUCGCGUGCUCUUUGAGCUCACUGGCCGAAACAAGAACAAGUCUGUGGAACUGGAGGAUGUGAAGUUUCACCAGUGUGUGCGACUCUCCCGUUUUGACAAUGACCGCACCAUUUCCUUUAUCCCACCUGACGGUGACUUCGAGCUCAUGUCCUACCGCCUCAGCACCCAGGUCAAGCCGCUGAUCUGGAUUGAGUCUGUCAUUGAGAAGUUCUCCCACAGCCGGGUCGAGAUCAUGGUCAAGGCCAAGGGACAGUUUAAGAAGCAGUCGGUGGCCAACGGUGUGGAGAUAUCUGUGCCGGUGCCGAGUGAUGCCGACUCCCCGCGCUUCAAGACCAGCGUGGGCAGUGCCAAGUAUGUGCCCGAGAAGAACAUCGUGAUUUGGAGUAUUAAGUCUUUCCCGGGGGGCAAGGAGUACCUGAUGCGUGCCCACUUUGGCCUCCCCAGUGUGGAGAAGGAGGAGGAGGAGGGCCGGCCCCCCAUUGGGGUCAAGUUUGAGAUCCCCUAUUUCACCGUCUCCGGGAUUCAGGUCCGAUACAUGAAGAUCAUCGAGAAAAGCGGUUACCAGGCUCUGCCCUGGGUCCGCUACAUCACCCAGAGCGGUGAUUAUCAACUUCGUACCAGCUAG